AUCGUGUGGUUCACGUUCUUGCUGUAGGAUCUUUUCAGUUCCAGGUGGAACUCACUACAGUCGUGUUUUUGAUAUUUAACACGUUGGCCUAUCCAUGGCUGCCGCUCAAACCAGGAAGAUAUCAGCUGCAGCAGCUAGGUCUCACACCAGGAAAACAAAGCACAACAGCUCAGUUCAAUUUUCUUCAAGAAUGAUUGUACCUAUAGCAAUAGCUAUGGUUGUGGGAGUUCUGGGUUGGGUUUAUGUUGCAAUUAAGCCGCCUCCUCCCAAUGUUUGUGGUUCACCAGGUGGUCCUCCUGUUACUUCACCAAGAGUCAAACUCAGUGACGGGAGGCAUUUGGCAUACAAGGUGACUGGGGUCAGCAAGGAAGAGGCCAAGUACAAGAUCAUCAUCAUUCAUGGCUUUGAUGGCUCCAAAGACUUCAGUUUACCUGUUUCUCAAGUAUGCUCGAUAUCUCUAUUUAACUUUCACUUUACAUUUUUAUUUUGCUUUGAAAUUGUGGCUGGAUUUCUAUGCACAUAUCACUGCAAUGGAGCAAAAACAUGAGGUUCUUAAUCAGUAACUACCCAGAAUGCACAUUUAGUAGCAUUUAACUAUGUAUUUAGGAAAUAGCCAAAUCAAAAUGGUAUGUGUCAAGUUGAUGAGGUUUUGGGUGUGAACAGCAGAACCAGAUUUAGCAUCCUGGACCCCGAGGCUUAGGAUUCUUUUUACAAAGACUGGGAGAAAUCCCUGUGUCCUUUGGUUGAUAUAGCAAGGGAACAUUGGAUGGGUUUGUCAAAAUGCUGCAGAUGCAUGUGAGAUGUUGAAGCAUGUCAGGCCGCAAAACAGAUGCAUAUUCUUCUAUGUAAUACAAAUGUGGUAACUGUUGAUU